AACCAAGUAAAGGGGACAAAAAAUUAACAUGCGCCUUGGAAAAUGAAAAAGAAACAUUAAAAAAAAUUGUAUGGAAUUGUGGGGAGAGAUUCAGAUUUUGGGAGAGUUCUCUGCUCUAUUGCUGUUUUUCAAGAUUCUGUGUUUGAUUUUGAGGUAAUGGGCAAAAGAGAAGCUUACACUCAAAGCUCCACAGAGCCUUUUCUCUCUCUAUCUCUCUCUCUCUCUUCUGCUUUGCUUUGUUUAAAUUUCUGUCCACGCCAUAGAAGAAAAGCAUCUCCCCCAAUCACACACUUCCCACUUUCUUCCUCUCCAUUGAUCCUCCAAGAAAUCUUGGCAGCCGAUCAUGACAGAUGAUACAACAACUUCCAGUUACUGGCUCAACUGGAGGGUUGUGCUUUGCAUUAUAUGGGUUCUGCUUACACUGAGUUUUGCGUUGUUUCUGAUAUGGAAAUAUGAGGCCCGUGGGAAUAAAGAGUGUAAUAGGGAAGAAACUCAAAAGGAGGAAGCUGGAGCUUUGUAUGAUGAUGAAACAUGGCGGCCCUGUUUUAAAGGAAUGCAUCCUGCUUGGCUGUUGGCCUUCCGAGUGUUGGCUUUCUGUGUUCUCUUGGUGCUCCUCAUUGUCACUGCUGUUGUUGAUGGAGGCGACAUAUUUUACUUUUAUACUCAGUGGACUUUUACGUCAAUCACCAUUUAUUUUGGGCUUGGAUCACUGCUCUCCGUUUAUGGCUGCUACCAAUAUCAGAAGAAAGUUAGUGGUGAGAAAGUGGAUAAUGUGGAGGGAGAUGCAGAACAAGGCACUUCAACAAGUGGGGGCGGUUCAAUUACUUCAAAUACAGAGAAAAAUCCAUCCAUUCGUGAAGAACAUCACCUCAUACGACAACGUGCAGGAUUUUGGGGCUAUGUCUUUCAGAUUAUCUUCCAGAUGAAUGCAGGAGCUGUUAUGCUGACAGAUUGCGUCUUUUGGUUCAUAAUCGUUCCAUUUCUCACCAUCAAGGAUUACAACCUUAAUUUUUUGAUAGUAAAUAUGCACACAAUCAAUGCCGUUUUCUUGCUAGGAGACACCGCUUUGAACUCUUUGCGAUUUCCCUGGUUUCGAAUCGGAUAUUUCUUCGUCUGGACGGUCAUUUAUGUAAUCUUUCAAUGGAUCGUUCACGCUUCUGUGAGAUUAUGGUGGCCAUAUCCAUUUCUGGAUCUCUCAUCUUCCUACGCCCCUCUUUGGUACUUGACCGUGGCUCUAAUGCACAUUCCUUGCUAUGGCAUCUUCACACUGAUCAUAAGACUAAAACACCAUGUAUUUUCGACGCGGUGCCCUCAAUCCUAUCAAUGCACGAGGUAAUCGACGAAGCCGUCCUGAAAGAUAUAUCAUUAAACUUCUCCAAAGGAGGAAAAGAAGCAUAAAUGACAAAAGUGUUUGAUGUAAAUGAGUUGUGCAGACAUGACAAUCUUGACAGGAAAGAAAGAAGAGCAAAAGGUUGAAGGUUUCCUUAGGCAAUUAGAUUAACAAGCUCAAAAGAGUUGUAUGUAUGUAUGUAUGAUUGUAACCCAAAGGAAUAUUUUCUAUUCUAUUUGGCAUAGAAUAUAAAGAGACCCCAGCUUUGUUCUCUUCUCUA